AUGGAGGCGGCGGCGCGUCCCCGGCCAGUCGCAGACAGCAUGCGCGCCUGGGAGUCAGUUGUUGCCGCGGCGCUCGUGGCGGUGUUCGCGCUGGCCUUGGCCACCGCUGAUGACGACGAGCCGGGGUAUCCACCGCCAGACGUGUACAGCCUCCACGUGGUGAGCCACGUGCGGAACCGGUACGCCAAUACUGUGGUCACCAGCAGGGUGGCCAACACCGCCAACGUGUCCAGAGAAAUCAGCUUCGACGCCGUCCUGCCGGAGACGGCCUUCAUAUCAGGAUUCGUCAUAGAGAUGGACGGCAAGGCGUACGAGGCGUACGUGAAGGGGAAGGAGGAGGCGCGCCAGGAGUACCGGCAGGCCGUGGAGGGCGGGCAGGGCGCCGCGCACGUGCAGCUCAGUGCAAGAGAUUCGAACGUGGUGUCCGUGACGGUGAACGUGGAGGCGCAGAAGAAGGUUACCUUCAAUCUGACGUACGAAGAGCUGCUGCAGAGGGAGCUGGGUGCCUACCACCUGCGCAUCAACCUCAAUCCCGGACAGAUCGUGAACGACUUAUCUGUGGAGGUGCACAUCAACGAGACGAGCGACAUCACCCUCCUUGAAGUCCCCAGUCUGCAGCAGAGCAACGACGUCUCAGACGAAGAGAACUCUACUAACCCUCUGGCGCACAUGGAGAGGCCUUCGGCCACGACAGCCGUGGUGCGGUGGUCCCCCAGCAGGGAGGAGCAGGCGGCGCUGAGGGCGGAGGGCGUGCAGGGGCAGCUGCUGGUGCGUUACGACGUCGACCACGCCGACAGCCCCAACCAGAUACUCGUGACUGAUGAUGGAUACUUCGUCCAUUUCUACUCACCACCAGACCUGACACCGCUGGAAAAGUACAUCGUGUUCGUGCUGGACGUUAGUGGCUCCAUGAAUGGCCACAAGAUAGAGCAGCUGAGGCAGGCCAUGGUCUCCAUCCUUGAUGAGCUGAGCCCAAGCGACAACUUCACACUCAUCGUAUUCUCCUCUGGUUCGUGGGUGUGGUGGCCAGAUUCUAGCACAUAUACAUUCUGGUAUGACUGGCCCUAUGGACCACAAAAUGAUACUGAUGCUGUCGUACCUGCAACUCCAGCAAAUGUUGCCAGAGCCAAAGAGUUUGUGAGCAGUCUCGGUGCUGGAGGAGGAACAGCGAUGCACGCAGCGCUGGACACAGCACUGCGCAUAUCCAAGGUGGCCAGACCGCGUCGAGAGAUGCCACUUGUGAUGGUGUUGCUGACGGAUGGACUGCCCAAUGGGGCGCCAGAAGCCAUCUUGCAGGACUACACCGCGUCCAACGUGGAGCGGGGAGCAGCACUGUUUACGUUGGCGUUCGGUGAAGAUGCAGACUUCGGAUUUCUCAAGAAGUUGGCUCUGCGCAACGGCGGCUUCGGCAGGCGCAUCUACGAGGCGGCGGACGCCCACCUGCAGCUGCGCAACUUCUACCGGCAGGUCGCGUCGCCGCUCCUCUCCAGCGUCAACUUCACGUACGGGGAUGGACAGGUGGAGGAGGAGACCCUAACGCGGACGAGGUUCCCCACGCUGUUCCGCGGCAGCGAGCUGGUGGUGUCCGGCAGGCUGCGGCCUGUGGUGCCGCAGCUGGAGCCCGUGGUGGUGGGGGAGGGCCGCCAGCGCUACAAGUCUCCUGCCAGGCUGCAGAAGGCCUCCUCUGGGGAGCGCCUCUGGGCCUUCCUCACUGUGCGACAGCUGCUGGACAUGGACGCCGCCACCCCCAACCAGACCCUCAAGGACAGGGGCAAGAAAGUCGCUCUGAAAUACUCCUUUGUGACACCCGUCACGUCACUGGUGGUGGUGAAACCUAACGACACUUCUGCUGUGGACCUGCAACGCGCUGGUGGAAGCCAGAGAGACUACUUCCCCAGCGGGACGCUGAACACACUGUCGGCAGGCCAGAUCCAAGCCGGGGUGGUGUCCUUACCAUUGGCAGGAUACUCCCAAAGCUUACCGCUGUUCUUAACGUCAUCAGCGUUGCUCAUGACUUUGGAUCCAUCCUCAUCUGCGUGCUGCCCCACUGCUGUGGCGAGUCCUAAGCAACCAAACGUGCAUUUCGGCCCACACAAAGCCACUUCGUUUCAUUCUGAUGCUGCUGCGUCUUCUGCCCAUCAAGUGCAGACGCUGCACAUAUCGGAGAUCACCUGGCUAGGCAGUGUCUCGAACGCCUCACACAUCACACUCGAAGUAAAUGGUACUGCAAUGACCUACGAACUGGCCUUCAACAAGACGGAGUCGCAGCUGGAGGAGUGUGUGACACCUGGUGGAGGUUCCGGACAGUGCCGCCACCUGGCCAACUGCGUGCUGCCCAACUUCACUGACAGCCUCGAUGACUUCUUGCCCUACCUCUGUGUGGUCGACAGCAGUUACGUUGGAGCUUGCUGUCCGAACACCACAUUUCCCCACAUGGUCGCUGGAUGACACGCAUUCUGAGCGCCAUGUCUCUUCUCUAAGUAGUGUUCUGUGUCAUUAAAAUACGUUCCAGAGCUGUGGAGAGCUAAACAGGAAUUUUUGUCAACCAUACAAAGACCAAACCUUGAUGAAUAAAUUCUAAAAUUUUAUUA